AUGAACUCUGAGAUAAAGUCUUGUGAAUGGAAGCAAUGUGGAAAGACAUUUAGACAGAGACACAAACUUGCUGUACACCAGAGAAUCCACACUGGGGAGAAACGUUAUAAGUGCAAGCAAUGUGGAAAGACAUUCAGAAUGAGCUCUCAUCUUAUUAAACAUCAGAGAAUCCACAUUGGUGAGAAAUCUUUUGAAUGCAAGCAGUGUGGAAAGACAUUCAAUCACUGUUACAGUCUCUCUUAUCAUCACAGAAUUCACACAGGUGAGAAACAUUAUGAAUGCACUCAGUGUGGAAGGACAUUUAGACAGAGGUCCAAACUUACUCAGCAUCAAACAAUCCACACUGGAGAGAAACCUCAUAAAUGCAAACAAUGUGGAAAGACAUUCACUCAAAGUUCUAAUCUUGCUGUACAUCAGAGAAUCCAUACUGGGGAGAAACCUUAUGAGUGUAAGCAGUGUGGAAAGAAAUUCAAUCAAAGCUCCAGUUUCACUUAUCAUCAGAGAAUCCACACUGGGGAGAAACCUUAUGAAUGCAAGCACUGUGGAAAGACAUUCAGACAGAGGUCUAAACUUACUCAGCAUCAGACAAUCCACACUGGAGAGAAACCUCAUGAAUGCAAGCAAUGUGGAAAGACAUUCAGACAGAGCUCCAAACUUACUGACCAUCAGAGAAUCCACACUGGGGAGAAACCUUAUGAAUGCAUGGAAUGUGGAAAGACAUUCAGACUGAGGGCUGAUCUUGCUCGACAUCAGAGAAUCCACAUUGGGGAGAAAUCUUAUGAAUGCAAGCAAUGUGGAAAGACAUUCAGAAUUAUCUCCUAUCUUAUUACACAUCUGAGAAUCCACACUGGGGAGAGACCUUAUGAAUGCAAGCAAUGUGGAAAGUCUUUCAGCCGCAGCUCUAGUCUUGCUGUACAUCAGAGAAUCCACACUGGGGAGAAAUCUUAUGAAUGCAAGCAAUGUGGAAAGACAUUCAACCAGAGCUCCAGUCUUGCUUAUCAUCAAAGAAUCCACACUGGGGAGAGACCUUAUAAAUGCAAUCAUUGUGGAAAGACAUUCAGUCGCAGCUCUAGUCUUGCUGUACAUCAAAGAAUCCACACUGGGGAGAAAUCUUAUGAAUGCAAGCAAUGUGGAAAGACAUUCAACCAGAGCUCCAAUCUUGCUGUACAUCAGAGAAUCCACACUGGGGAGAGACCUUAUGAAUGUAAGCAAUGUGGAAAGACAUUCAGAAAUCGCUCUCAUCUUCUUAGACAUCAGAAAAUUCACAAUGGGGAGAAACCUUAUGAAUCCAAGCAAUAUGGAAAGACAUUCACUCAAAACUCCAGUCUUGCUGUACAUCAGAGAAUCCACACUGGGGAGAAACCUUGUGAAUGCAAGCAAUGUGGAAAGACAUUCACAGAGAAAUCUAGUCUUGCUGUACACCAGAGAAUUCACACUGUGGAGAAAUCUUACGAAUGCAAGCAAUGUGGAAAGACAUUCAGAAUUAUCUCUUAUCUUAUUACACAUCUGAGAAUCCACACUGGGGAGAGACCUUACGAAUGCAAUUGUGGAAAGACUUUCACUCACAGCUCCAGUCUUGCUGAACACCAGAGAAUCCAUACAGGGGAGAGACCUUAUGAAUGCAAGCAGUGUGGAAAGACUUUCAGUCGCAGCUCCAGUCUUGCUAUACAUCAGAGAAUCCACACUGGGGAGAGACCUUAUGAAUGCAAGCAGUGUGGAAAGGCUUUCAGUCGCAGCUCCCGUCUUGCUAUACAUCAGAGAAUCCACACUGGGGAGAAGCCUUAUGAAUGCAAGCAGUGUGGAAAGGGAUUCAGAGAGAACUCCAGUCUCGCUUAUCAUCAGAGAAUCCACACAGGAGAGAAACCUUUUGAAUGCAAGAAAUGUAGAAAGACAUUCAGAAUUAGCUCUCAUCUUAUUAGACAUCAGAGAAUCCACACU